UUAAUGAAUCAAUUAAAGUCGAAUUUAUGGUUAACGAGUAGACAAAAUAGAACCAUAGUUUUCACAUUGCCAAGGAAUUUUACUGCGCAAGGUUCGCCCCGUACGUAUCAUCAUAGUUGAAAAUGGUGAAAUUAACCGAAGAUCAGUUCGACCUCUAUACUUACAAAAAUACGGGGAAAACUAUUUCUGUGAGAUCCUUUACUUGGGAAAACGAAAACAAAAUUUCUGUUCAAGUAAUUACAUACGGAGCGACCGUGACGUCCAUCAAAGUACCAGAUAAAGCUGGCGUCGUUAAAGAAAUUGCUACAGGAUUUAAGGAUUUGGCAGGUUACCAAAAUUCUGAAAAUCCUUAUUUCGGGGCUACGGUUGGUCGAGUUGCGAACAGAAUUGGCGAUGGACAGUUUAAACUCUUUGACGAAAUUAUCCAAGUGAGCAAAAAUUUAGGAAAACAUCAAUUACAUGGUGGAUUCGUGGGUUUCGAUAAGGUUGUUUGGGAGUAUUUCGUCGAUGGGAAUAAGGUGAUCAUGAGUUAUCAUUCCUCAGAUAUGGAAGAAGGUUAUCCCGGUGACCUUGUCGUUCACACAAUUUUUGAAUUGACAGAUAACAAUGAGUUUCGCGUGGAAUUUAAAGCUACAACUACUAAACCGACUUACGUCAACCUCACCAAUCAUUCUUACUUCAACUUAGCGGGUCAUAAUACAGGAGCUAGCGAAUUAUACAAGCAUGUUGUUUGCAUCAACGCGGACCAAAUUACUGCAGUGGAUAAAGACAGUAUCCCAACAGGAACAUUACUACCAGUUGCUGACACUGUAUUUGAUUUGCAAAUUCCAAAAGUUUUGGGAAAUUUGAUCAAUAAAGUUCCUCACACUGGCGGUUUUGAUCAAAAUUUUUGCAUUACAAAAGGACCAGAGCAAGAAACCACUUUUGUUGCUAGGGUUUAUCACCCUGAAAGUGGCAGGGUUCUAGAGGUCUACAGCAACCAACCAGGCGUGCAAUUCUACACUUCGAAUUUCUUCCCAGAAAAUCCUGCUACUUAUAAAGGAGAUAAAAGCAAACUAAAGACUCUUACUGGAAAAGACGGGAAUUAUUAUAAGCACGGAGCUUUCUGUUUGGAAACACAAAAUUGGCCAGAUGCGCCUAAUCAUGAAAACUUCCCAAAGUCAAUUUUGAGGCCUGGCGAGACAUACUACCACUACGUCGCUUACAAAUUUUCAGUGAAAAAUUAAGAAUAUCAGUUUUCAGUUUUUAUUAUUGCAAUAAAUAAUAAAAUUUGUGAAUUUUCUUAAAACUACACUGGAAUUUUUGAAUAAAUGUAUUUGAGAUA